AGCUGCUCGGAACCUUUGUUCCGGGCCCUUGCGGGGAGCCGGUCAGUUUAGCGUGCGGCGCCGGUCUGGGGUUUGCCACGUCUGAGCGGAGCGACGCCGGGAGCGGGAGCCAUGGUUUCCGUGAUCAACACGGUGGAUACGUCCCAUGAGGAUAUGAUUCACGAUGCACAGAUGGAUUACUAUGGCACUCGUCUUGCAACCUGCUCCUCUGAUCGAUCUGUAAAGAUAUUUGAUGUUAAAAACGGAGGUCAAAUCCUUGUUGCUGACCUAAGGGGCCAUGAAGGUCCCGUGUGGCAGGUGGGCUGGGCUCAUCCAAUGUAUGGAAACAUCUUGGCAUCUUGUUCCUACGACCGGAAGAUCAUCAUCUGGAAGGAGGAGAAUGGGACUUGGGACAAGAUGUAUGAAUACACAGGCCAUGAUUCUUCCGUCAACUCUUUAUGCUGGGCACCACACGAGUUCGGGUUGAUCCUUGCAUGUGGUAGCUCAGAUGGUGCAAUCUCAGUGCUUUCAUACACAGGCGAUGGUCAGUGGGAAAUGAAGAAAAUCAGCAAUGCACACACGAUUGGUUGCAACGCUGUCAGUUGGGCUCCUGCAGUUUUACCAGGGAGUCUUAUAGACCAACCCUCGGGACAGAAGCCAAACUACGUGAAGAGAUUUGUGUCAGGAGGCUGUGACAACCUGGUUAAAAUUUGGAAAGAAGAGGAAGGUCAAUGGAAAGAGGAUCAAAAGCUUGAAGCCCAUAGCGACUGGGUUCGAGAUGUUGCAUGGGCUCCAUCUAUUGGGCUUCCCACAAGUACAAUUGCCAGUUGCUCUCAGGAUGGCCGAGUUUUUAUCUGGAUUUGCGAUGACCCUGCUGGGAAUGCAUGGACGCACAAACUGUUGCACAAGUUCAAUGACGUAGUGUGGCACGUCAGCUGGUCCAUCACUGGGAAUAUUUUGGCGGUCUCUGGAGGUGACAACAAGGUCAGCUUGUGGAAGGAAUCAGUGGAAGGCCAGUGGGUUUGCAUCAGUGACGUGAACAAGGGCCAGGGGUCAGUGUCAGGUGUAACAGAGGGCCAACAGAAUGAGCAGUGAAUGGUGAAGGAGCACGACAGGAAUGGCGUUCCAUCUUGUAUAUUUGGCAAAAUAAAAUGGAUUCCAAGAAAACUGGGAACAAAAGGAAUAAAGUAUUUUUUGUCUGGAUCCUUGUGCUGAUUAUGGGUGGGGAAAUGUAUAUUGCCACAAGGACUGUCAAAAUCGUUGUGUAAGGAGGACCCUUUAUAAUUGAAACAUUCAGAGUGCUUCUAGGGGUUGUAACAGAGGCUUUUAAAAGGACGUGCUGUUUGGCCAAACUGGUUGCACCAGGAAUGAUCAUAUGGCAUUGUGCUCUAAAUGCUGUGUCUGGGGUGCUUAAAUCAAGAAUGUUAUAGCUACAGCAACUUCAGAGCAGGCAAAAGCCAUUAGCUUGUCUAUCACCAUGUGAUAGCUUACUUACCUCCAGCAACAGAACAGUAGAGGGAUUUAAAAGACAGCACAAUGGCCAGUGUACUGGAACCAUUGCAUGCUAUAGUGGUGUACAAGCAGUGAGUCCAUGCUUUCUCUUUUCCAACAAAUUUUCUGAAAUGUGGCUUGGAGGGGAAGGGAAGGUAUUUUUCCAUAAAUUGUUCCUGUCCACUUAGUGUCAGCUAAUUUCAGAGUAGCAUCUGUAGAGUUCGAGAAGCAAGUCCAAGUUGCCUUGUAAUAACACUGUUUUGGGGAUUCAAGUGCAUCACCUGCCUAAAAAUAAAAAAUGCAUUGUCCUUUACAUGUUGCCCAUCAGCCAAGUCUCUUCCCCACCCUGGACUCUCUUUACUGCAUGCUCUGAAUUGGCUGUGCAUUUUAAAAUGGCACUGACUCACUCCCAGAAUUAAAACGCCCAGAUUUAGUAGAACUAGUGACUGCUGAAGUUUCCUGAUUUCCUUGCACUUCGUGCAGGCAGGCCCACAGGGGAAGUUGACCCAUUCUUGUUCUGUUUGGGUUAAUGUGCACUCCAGCUGUAACUGCAACACUUCCAUUUCAAAGCCCAUUUGUCCCCUACAGACUGGUCUGAACACAGUGUUUAAGUCUCUGUGUGAAUGAGCCUUUGGCUGAAGUCCAUUUUCAUAAAUAUUUUUGCUCAGUGUAAUUCAGACUGUAAAUUACAGAAGUUGUAUAACGUGGGCUGAUUUUAAAAAAAAAACUCAUUACAAAGACAAGAAAUUAAACCAUUUGGUUUAAAUACUUAUCACUUGUUUCCUGUGGCGCUCUGACUCAUUAGUUUACAUAGAAAUGUUUAAUAAAUUGAUACAA